CUCCGACGCUAGGGUUUCCAUCUCAGAAGAACUCUCCAGAGAUAUCCAAAACCCUCACCCCCUCGAUCUCGAGAUCCCCUACAAACCCUAGCCCUCCGCGCCAUUGAAACCCUAGCAUCGAUCCUCUCCUUUCUCGCCCCCCUUCGCCCCUUCUAGGGUUUCGGAUUGGAUCCUAACUCGGCGGCGCGUUGUCGAUGGAGCGGAAGCGGAAGGUGAGCCUCUUCGACGUCGUCGACGAGACCUCCGUCUCGGCGAAGCUCGCGAGGUCCAGCAAUGGCUCCGCUGCCCCCGCUGCCCCCGGUGCCGUGGUGAACCCGGCGAUCAAUAGGUGGACCGGGCGCCCGUACUCUGCGAGGUACUUCGAGAUCCUGGAGAAGAGGAGGACGCUCCCCGUGUGGCACCAGAAGGAGGAGUUCUUGCAGGUUCUCAGGGCGAAUCAAACGCUUAUCCUGGUUGGAGAGACGGGUAGCGGGAAGACCACUCAGAUUCCUCAAUUUGUUCUGGAAGCUGAUGACUUGGGUAAGCGUCCGGUUGUUGCUUGCACCCAACCUCGUAGAGUUGCUGCCAUGUCUGUUUCUCGUCGAGUGGCAGAGGAGAUGGAUGUGACAAUCGGAGAGGAAGUCGGUUAUAGCAUUCGGUUUGAAGAUUGUAGUAGUCAUAAAACUAUUCUCAAGUACCUAACCGAUGGUAUGCUUUUGAGAGAAGCGAUGGCUGAUCCACUUCUCGAGAGAUAUAAGGUGAUAAUUCUUGAUGAAGCCCAUGAGCGAACUUUGGCAACAGAUGUUCUGUUUGGGCUUCUGAAAGAAGUUCUGAAGAACAGGCCCGACCUUAAACUUGUUGUGAUGAGUGCAACACUAGAAGCUGAGAAAUUUCAAGGUUACUUCAGUGGCGCACCAUUAAUGAAAGUGCCUGGACGCCUGCAUCCUGUUGAAAUUUUUUAUACACAGGAUCCUGAAAGAGAUUAUAUGGAAGCUGCCAUCAGAACAGUUGUGCAGAUACACAUGUGCGAGCCUCCAGGUGACAUACUAGUGUUCCUUACUGGAGAGGAGGAGAUUGAAGAUGCAUGCCGUAAAAUUACGAAGGAAGUAAAUAAUAUGGGUGAUCAGGUUGGUCCUGUGAAAGUUGUGCCUCUUUAUUCUACAUUACCCCCAGCAAUGCAGCAGAAAAUUUUUGAGCCCGCCCCGGCGCCGCUUAAAGAGGAUGGCCCCGCUGGAAGGAAAAUAGUCGUCUCCACUAACAUCGCAGAAACUUCUCUGACCAUUGAUGGUAUAGUUUAUGUCAUUGAUCCUGGAUUUUCAAAACAGAAGGUUUAUAACCCACGGAUACGUGUAGAGUCUUUACUAGUCUCUCCAAUAUCCAAGGCAAGUGCUCAUCAAAGAUCUGGUCGUGCUGGUAGAACGCAGCCAGGAAAGUGCUUCCGACUUUACACAGAGAAGAGUUUCCACAAUGACUUACAACCACAGACUUACCCAGAGAUUCUGCGUUCUAAUCUUGCAAAUACGGUUCUUACCUUGAAGAAGCUUGGGAUUGAUGAUCUAGUCCAUUUUGACUUCAUGGACCCUCCUGCACCUGAGACUUUGAUGCGAGCUUUAGAGGUUUUGAACUACUUGGGUGCCCUGGAUGAUGAUGGUAAUUUGACAAAAUUAGGUGAAAUCAUGAGCGAGUUUCCGUUGGAUCCUCAGAUGUCGAAGAUGCUUGUUGUUAGUCCAGAAUUUAACUGUUCUAAUGAGAUCCUCUCGAUAUCUGCCAUGCUUUCAGUACCCAAUUGCUUUCUCCGGCCUAGGGAGGCUCAAAAAGCCGCAGAUGAAGCCAAGGCUCGGUUCGGCCACAUUGAUGGGGAUCACCUUACGCUCCUGAACGUGUAUCAUGCGUACAAACAAAACAAUGAAGAUCCUCAAUGGUGCUACGAGAAUUUCGUUAACCACAGGGCGCUUAAGGCGGCUGACAACGUGCGGCAACAGCUCGUGCGCAUUAUGGCAAGAUUUAACCUUAAGCUGUGCAGCACGGAUUUCAACAGCCGUGAUUACUAUGUGAACAUCAGGAAAGCUUUGCUUGCGGGAUACUUUAUGCAGGUGGCUCAUCUAGAACGAACAGGUCACUACUUGACAGUGAAAGAUAAUCAGGUGGUUCAUCUUCAUCCUUCGAACUGCAUGGGUCAUAAGCCUGAGUGGGUCAUCUACAAUGAGUAUGUCUUAACCAGCAGGAAUUUCAUCCGCACCGUCACUGAUGUUCGAGGAGAAUGGCUAAUAGACAUAGCGGAGCAGUACUACGAUCUCAGUAAUUUUCCCUCUUGCGAGGCCAAGCGCGUCCUGGAGAGAUUGUAUAACAAGCGGGACAAGGAAAAGGCGGAGAAGGCUGAAAGCAAGAACAAAAAAUAAUGCUCCAUAUUUCUUGGUUAUUGCUGGAAAAUAUAUGUAUCCUUAUUUCCCUCGAUGAGCUCGUAAGAUCAUCAAAAUGUUAAGAAACAACGAUGCUCAAUCUUCGGCGCCGAGGCCGCAACAAAAAUUGCUCAUGGAAAUCUCGCGGAAUAUGAAGCUGAUAUUUCCAAUAUUGUAGGAUGCCACCUACCCUUUUCUUUUAAUCUGAUGAUCUGUUCUGUCUUUUCUUUUUGUUUUGCUUUUUUCUUAACUUUUCUGUUUAAUAUGUUAGUUGCAGACUCUAUUGUUAUUGGACUAGUUGAACUGGAUGUACGGCGCUGUGAAAGUAUUGGUAUAUUUCAGAAGUUCAACGGCUUCGCCUUCUGUAUUUGGCAAAAUAUAUUUUGCUUUGCUCGCUUUCUACGUUUGUUUGUAGCCUUUCAAUCCUGUCUCUCUUUAUUUUAUGUACAUUUUCAGAACGUAUGUGUGAGAGUAUGGGUUGUUUUAUUGAUUGCAUUUCCUUGCA